CGCAGCUACUUGUUCUGGAUGCUCUGUGGUCUCAACAUGGCUCGGCCGGUCGCGUGUGUUGUGGCGCUCAUGGCGCUUGCCGUUUCGGCGCGACACUUUUCCGGGGACAGGCCGGGUUGUUACAGGCCGGUGCCCAGGAAGUCCAGCUUCGGGGUGAAAACCACCGUUCGUCUACGUGAACUCCUGAAUCCCGCUCAGCUGCCAAAGUCCUGGGACUGGAGGAAUGUUAAUGGCGUCAACUACGUUAGCACGACUCGCAACCAGCACAUCCCUCAGUACUGUGGCUCCUGCUGGGCUCACGGCAGCACCAGCGCAAUGGCUGAUCGUAUCAACAUCAAGCGCAAAGGAAUUUGGCCGUCUGCCUAUCUGUCCGUCCAACAUGUGCUCGACUGUGCCGACUCCGGCACCUGUCACGGAGGGGACCACGGCGGGGUGUGGGAGUACGCCCACGCGCACGGCAUCCCUGACGAGACCUGCAACAACUACCAGGCACUCGACCAAAAAUGCAAACUAUUCAAUGCAUGUGGGACUUGCACAACUUUUGGAAAGUGCAACGUUGUGCAGAACUACACUCUGUGGAGAGUGGGUGACUUUGGAACCAUUAGCGGACGGGAGAAUAUGAUGGCAGAAAUCUUCGCCGGAGGCCCAAUCAGCUGUGGAAUCAUGGCCACGGAGAUGCUGGACGCCUACACCGGGGGGCUUUACUCGGAGUACGUCAAGACCCCUGACAUCAACCACAUUGUGUCGGUGGUGGGCUGGGGAGUAGAGAAUGGCACCGAAUACUGGAUUGUGCGCAACUCCUGGGGCGAGCCAUGGGGCGAGAAGGGCUGGAUGAAGAUUGUGACAAGCGCCUACAAAGGAGGAAGUGGAAGCCGGUAUAAUCUUGCUUUGGAGGAGGACUGCAUGUAUGGAGAUAUGAUUGUACCCGCAACCUACUGAUGGGAGGUCAAGGCCCCGUGUAUUUAAAUAAAACUGCCUGAUUUUAGGUCCA